AUGCCCGUCAGGGCGCUACCUCAAGUCGCACUCUGGGUCAAUGGCUGCCUCGCGAGCGUCCGCUCUGGGACCCAGCGCGCAUGCUCUAUCGAAGGAGAGCACCCAGACGCUGUUCCCAAAGAAUUCGGGCCUCAACAUCACCAACCUGAGACCCAUUCGAACGGCAUAUCGCAGCGGCUCGGCUCCACCCGUCUCGGGGUGGGUCGGCUCGCCAUCGCCAUCGCCAUUGCCAUUGCCAUCGCCAUUGCCAUUGCCAUCGUCGCCGCCAUCAAUCGAAUCCAGGCUACCAUCGGGCUAUCCGUCCACGGCCCCGGUCAUGGUGUAUCCACCCUCUCGUUUUGGAUCGGCCUCAAAGUUUUCGUCGGCUAUGUCUCGCCAGCCGAGCCCAUAUCGCAUCAUCGCCCCAUCGACAACCUUGCCCUCUCCCGAUUCACACCAUGCAAUCCUCCAUCCGGCCCACGGCUCACCCGGAGAGCUGCCUGCAUCGCCAAGUCGGCAGGGAGCACCCCAAUUGGAGCGAGUGGAAAGGACGAGCCCCGAGUCCGACUGACCAAAUCGAACUUGAGCUCUGCAAACGCGAGCGCAUCACUCCGAGCCGUUAAGAAGGAGAUCCGGUUCUCGGACACAAUCAUGUAUCGGCAGUUCUCAGCCGCGAGCUCAGACUCGAUCGCAGACACCUGGAGCGAACUUGAUCCUUCGUUCCAGUCGCAUGGCGGAUACUCGUUCAACGACGGCGAAGACUCGGAUGUGGAGGAGCUCUCGACGUGCAAGAUAGAGAGCGAUGAAACCGGGAACGAGGCCUCGGACGAAGACGAGGACCACGACAGUAUCGACGGCGGUCGCCGAGAGUCGCUGUUCCAGAACAAAGGCCGUAUUGCACAGCCAGCAUCGUUCUCGCAUCCGUGCAAGUCUCUUUCUCAUUCGAGCUGGCUGCACUCUACGACCCUGGCUGGCGACGGCUUCAAUGCAGACAUCGGUCCUGGAGGCACCAGCGGCCGGAGCAGCAGCGGCGCCAGCAACGAUAUCAAAAGCGGAUCCUCUCUCUUUGCUCGAGGCCACCCUCCAGCCUCAACCGAAUCGGUCGGCGGCCGCCCCUCAGUCCUCGUCACCGAAAACCGAGUCGCUCUCCUUCCAAAGCCGCCAGACGACGAUGCAGUCUGGUCGGUUGGCAUCACUUUCACAAGAUCGUCAAAAACCCCGGCAGCACGGCGCCCCGACGAGCCCCGGGACUCGCCCAGACAGCUGGAGCACAUGGACUCAAUGACGUCUCUUCCAGGAAGCAUUGUGCCGAUACUGGCGAUACAGCCCCAGCCGCCAGCCGGGGCUGGAGUCGUUCUCUCGGGGUCAGACCACCCGCGAGAGCCAAUCUCCCUUCCAAAGCCGUCCACCAGCGAUCUGAUCAAGCUCGAGGAUUUUGCCAGUGACCCCGAACCCCUCGAACCACACGCACCCAGCACCCAACCUGGCUUUCCCACGCCUGUCCACCCACAUGUCUAUGACCCAGGGGCAUCCGCCAGACCCAUUGGACAGACCGCCUUGGGCUCGACUACUCCGGAUACUAAAUCUGCGAGCCCGUCGAGCCUGCGUUUUGCGGAUAGAGCCAGCUCGUCACCGCCUCCGCCAUCGCCAUCGCUGUUCGCGAAUAAUCCAAGCGUCGAGUUCCGCCUUGGACAGGCAGUGUCGACUAUGCCCCGGCCGCUAUCUACGCUGGACAGCGGCUAUGACUCUAUGCGAAACUCCGAGACAGUCUUAGGAGAGUCGGGUGGCCACCUGGCCCAUCUCGAGGCAGCGCUGCCCACUGAGUCCAUCAAAGCCUUUGAUCCACCCAACCUGCUUCUCAAGGCAACAACCAAGCACACAGUUCUUCCUCUCAGCGGCGUACCCGCCAGCAGCCCCAAGCCGCAAGAGUCUCGGAUCGAGCCUUUCAAGCCACCGCCCCGAAGAACCUGGCGGGCAAAGCUCGAUGGCAUGAUCGAAAAGGCCAGGUCGUGGUGGGGAAAGAAGGCUCGGAUAUCGAACGAGGCCUUGGGUGGAUGCGACAUUGGCAUCUCUAUGAGCAGCUGA